UCCCUGCUUGGCGUCGCACGUGAUAAGCUGAACUGUUUGAACUUUUAACCAAUCGCAUCGCAGAAUAAUAUGUGGUACCUGCUAUUUUUGCGUGCACUAUUUCAUGAACAAGAUAUUGCAUUUUCAGUAUUUUUCAACCUUGGAGAAGAUAUCAGCAAUCACGGUUUACUGAAAUAAAAACUCGAAAAAUACACGAUGAAUUUCACACGACACUUUGAAAUACUUUCUUUCAGAUUAUCAAACGAACUGCAUGCAAACUCUUUCCUGCACAUUAAGAUUCACAGAUCAAAACGGGAAAGCCUACUUGACGCGCUCAUGGAAUGGAUAUGUCAGACGCCAUCAGAACCGUAGAGCUACGGUUACGAAUAAAAUUUUACUUCUGGACUUUUUUUAAACCCUACAAAGACAAUUAUACAAGCUAGCGAACUAGAUAGGAUGUUGGAGCGAAAAAUUGAAAAGUUACCUUACCACCUUAUCAACGUUCAUCUUUCACACGAAGCCACACCUUGCUAUUGAAAAUUUCAUUCAAGGUAUGAAAGAACUUUUGUUAUUAUUUCACGAGCUUGCAAGGAAGGAAAGAUGGGACCGUGAUGUUUACAAAGGUUCUAGUACUCUAGUUUAAUCAUUUCCCGGGUUGGACUUGGAUUUGUAGGAAGAAUACCAGACGUUUUCAUGCUUGAAUGAUUCGGUGGCACUGGUGCGAGCGAAGAAGUGCGCGUAAACUGACCACUGCAUUUCCUUUGUGCGUCUGCCACAGAAGCUCUCAAAUUUGCACUGAAAGAAAACUGAAGCUGUGCAACUGUUCUUCACAAGCACACCCAGCGAAAGAAACUUCCUAGCUAGUCAGUCAUUGUCUCUACUAAUUAUGUUUUGUAAAGACAACUUCUUUCCUUUCGCAUCUGGGAUCAGUCCUUACAGGAAUGCAGGGCUCUUCAAAAUUUGCUGCGAAAGAAAACUUUUCAAUUAUCUUAUUUUGACGAGUAGGAACUUGCAAAUGUUAUAUAUACGUAUUCGACUGACUCUUCAACAACAGCGUCUCAUCGCAUGUGCUCCACUAACGCAUCACUGCAUUAGCUUUGUGACAGUUAUGAGGCUGAUAACUUUGUUUACUCUAAGGUGUGCCUUCGUGAACUCCUUAGUGAUAAGCUUCAAGUUUCAAAAAGUUCCGAGUCUGCAAGCCAUUGGCCAGUGGUCUAUUACCCAAAAGCUGUUCAUACUUCCUGUAACUGAUCGAAUUUGGAACAAAUGAUCCAAGUCGCGACCACCUGUUGUUUUUUCAUUAAAUCAUUUAAAUAACCUGUUCCGGUUUUAGUACAAGUGCUUUGAACCACGUAUGUCUAGCUACCGAUUGAACCCGGGUGAAAAAAUUCUUUCUCUGUCGACUGAACUUGAAGUCAAGAAUUUCUACCGGCACUUGGAGCGUGGAUGAGAAAGAGUGAUUCUACGCCUACACGUCACAGUUCAGGUUCACAGGAGAGCUCAAGUUGUUUAUCUAAUUCAUUGCGUCGGGUGAUCAUUGAAGACAAACAAAGAAUUUUUUUUAUAAACAAACGAUUAUUCCAUAAAGCAAUCUUACUGUUUUAGAAGUUUCUCUGCGAUAUAUGAUGUGUUAGUGUACAUAAAAGAGAACACGACAUCACUCAGAACUAACGGUGAACGUCUGCUAUCAACAUCUAUCAUUGUGGUAUUUUGUUACAGUCGCGCGAUUGAAUGUGUUUAUUCAGCUCAAAGUCAACAAUCACCAGAGGAAACAAAGUUCCUUGCUGAUAAGCCAGGAAUUGAGCUAAACUCACAAAUCCAACUUACAACUACAUCUUCUCGCCGCUACACGUGUUCAUUGAGCAAGCCGCAGGUUCUCUAUUCAGCUGUGUGCGGUGAUAAUUCAAGGAAGACGAGGAAAGAAUGAGCGAAUCCUGCGAAGAAGAGGCAAACGUGGAGAAAGGAACGGACAUUUGCAGCUCACCAGAAACCAAAAAGGAACUUUCUGCACCUGAAGAUAAACUUGCUUCCACAUUUGCGACCUUUUGGAACAUAUGCAACACAAUUCAAGGAUUACCAAUUUUGGUCAUCCCUUACGCUGUCAGAAAUGGCGGCUACUUAGCUAUACUGACUCUAUUACUAGUUGCUGUGGCUUCUAACUACACUGGAAAAACAAUCGUCCGGUGUCUUUAUGAAACAGACCCACAGAGCGGGAAACGAAAGCGGGUCCGCAAUUCGUAUGCAGAUGUUGGCAACGCUUUCCUUCCGGAAAUCGGCGGCCAUCUUGUCCUCUGCACUCAGUUCUUGGAGUUGCUUUUCGUUGCCUCAGUUUACCCGUUAUUAGUCGGAAGAUUAAUCGCUAAGUCUUUCCCACAUGUCGCCGCUUCUUGCUGGCUUUGGACACUAAUAGGAGGCGUUCUUUUUGUUCCAAACAUUUUUCUCAAAAACCUGUCACAAGUUGCAUGGACAAGCAUCUUGACAGUGUUAUCAGCAAAAGUUAUUUUCAUAACAGUGAUCGCCUACAGCUUUUCCCAGUUUCACAAAUGGGAGCUUAGUUCCUUAGAACAUUUUGACGCCAGUACAUACCCAUCUGCUCUAGGAAUCCUUGUAGCAAGCUAUCUAUCACAACCUUUUGUGCCCCUCAUCGAGGGCAGCAUGCGCCAUAAGGACAAAUUUGAUUUGCUGAUGAAUUUCUCGUAUGGAAUAAUGACAUUACUUAACGUCAUCAUCGGAAUUGUUGCUUACAUUUCGUUUCAACCCAACACAGCUGAAGUCAUAACAAACAAUUUACCGGAAGGUUCAUUCCGCCGAGCUGUGAAUGUAAUGGCGGCGGUGUUAUCUUUCACCUCCUACACGCUACCAAUGUUCACCAUUUUUGACAUCAUAGAAAAAUCUAACCUUCCUUGCUUACCACAGGAUUUUGGUAAAUCCAUCUUGAAACCGUCUGUUAUUUUACUUCGUUUGUCGUUAAUAUCUACAAGUGUCAUUUUCGCGGCCUCUUUCCCAGCGUACACUUAUUUAUUAGCCUUUGUGGGCAGUAUAGCUGGUAUCAGCCUGGAGUUUGUAUUACCGGCCUUGUUUCAUCUGAAGAUCUACUCGCAUGACAUGCCAUGGUGCAAUAUUGCAGUGGAUUUGGUUGUGUUUGUUGUGGGUAUUUCUGUGUCCGUUACUGGAGCUUUCUUUUCUGGACGUUCUAUGAUUAAGACGUACAGCCAGCCAUUGAUUAACAGUUGUUCAUAAUACUAAAAAAAGGGAGCUUAUAAAUAAUGGAGGAAAUGUGAAUAUCAGUUCACGCCAAGCAGCACUUUCAGCGGCAGUCAACGGAUCGGUUCCCAGGCCUACUCGGCACUGAGAUGUAGAUAUGGCCCUGGAACCACGUUUCCAAGUGUAUGCACUUUGGACCAAAAGGCGAAUCGCAUGAUGACGUCAUUCGACUACAACUACCACAAUCCUCCACUUUUUUGUUUCUUAUGCUAAUUAGGGCAAUUGUUAUUUAAGCCCCACUGGGAAUUCAAAAUUAAAAUAUCACAGAAAAAACGAAAGGAAUUCUGUUAGUUACAGUCAAAUGACGACAACGUGUAAAUCUGCUAGAAUGAUUGGCGUAAUUAGUAGGCUGGCUGGAAAAUUUUGUCAAGAAUUUUGCUGGGAAGUAGAAGUUGAGACAUUUCUGCUGGAAAAAAAGGAACAGAUAUAAAUUUGCCAGAAACUAGAAAAAAUUGUUUCAAGAAAGUAAAUUCCUGUGACUUGCGCUGACCAUAAGAUGAAUUCUUGCAUGGACCUCAGUGCAUAGGAGAAAGUAAUUUAGAAAGAUCUAACUGUGUUUGAAGUAAAGUGGGUUUACAAAAAGUGACACGUCAGAUGGUUUCUUGUUCUGGGGGAAUAUCCGCCCGAGGUGUUGACAGUACUGAAAAUAGAAUUGGAACAUAAAGAAAAAGAAUGCGUUCCGUGGAAGCAAGUUCUUUCAGAAAUGUAAUCCAUGAAACUCCAAGAAAAUGUUUAAGAGUGUUCGCAAGGGAUCAUCCGGGACAGUUUAGAAAAUAUUGGACCUUUCUAUGCUACAAGCGCAAAUUUAAAGUACGAACCCGCAUAGCAUUGUACAGUCGAAUUUUGUUUUGUUUCUUGAACGCGCCUUAUACGGUCGGUACAACUACUUUCGGAUGAUGCAGGAUUAGCUUCGAAAACUAGACGCCGAAAUAUUAGAAAAUGACAUAAUAGUGAAAUAAUAAAUACCUUAUUCGAUGGUUUAGCAUGAAAUACGCGUGGGAUAUUGUUCUGAUUGCUCGUAUUUUUCCCCGCCCCAAAAUACUGCGCAACUCGCAAAUAUCAGCGCGUAUUAUAUGUUAAACCAUCGGAUGAGGUGUAUAUAUAUAUCUUAAAUUUAUAGAAGGCAAGCUUGACUGGUAUGACCUGCUAGAAUGUAUUGGAAAAUUGUCUCCUUUUUCUGGUGCACCAUAACUGAUGUCAUCAUGUGAUCGAGUCACCUCCGUCAGUGUAAUUUGAGCUGAGCUCAAAUUACACACAAAUUACACUAACCCAUCAGCGAGGCAGAACUGACCCAUUUUUCAUAAUCACUUCCGUGAAUGGACUUACCUGGACAAUAAAGACGAGAGCUCAUAAAGAAAUGUAGUCUUUGUGCAAAUUAAACAGGCUUAUACCACCUAACGGUUUACAUGGCCGGUGCUGUCUCAACUGAAUAACAAACAUCUGAAAAAAACCAAUGAGGGGACGAGAAUUUAUGACUCGAGAAAAUAAUGCUCGUCGAAACCUGCCAGGAUUCCAACAGAUCGCUAAAGUCGUACUUUUUAAUUCAUUUAACAUAUCAACAUCAGCCUCUGUAGCGUAAUGGAUAACGCGUCGGCCUCCUAAGCCGAAGAUUGCGGGUUCGAGUCCCGUCGGAGGUGUAUUUUUUGCUUCUUUUUUUUCCCGUCCUAUUCAAGAAGGUAUCUCUGCUUGAUACCUUAAUUAAUAGAAUAACAAAAAUGUGAAAAAAUAUAAAGAAAAAAAUUAUGUAGAUUAGACUUUGUAACUCGAGAAAUUAGUGCUCGCUGAAACCUGCAAGGUAUCACUAAGGUCAUGUCCUGGGAUCUACCGUUUUGAACUGUUUUCGGUUGAAUCGCGGUAACUCUUGGGAACAGUCCUUACGCGAGCUACAAUCACGAGACAUAAUCACGCAAAUCCUUUUUCAACCGUUUCAACCUGCUUUAGGAAGGUUGAAAAGGUUGGUCAACCAGGCCAACCGAAAACGGUUUUUA